AUUUGGAACAAAUUGAAUACAAAGCAAGGAAAAGAUGGAUUGGAAAAAUUUAUGAAAGAGUUGGUGAUGAUAAGGCUGUUGAAAGUAAAGAGGUUUUUUUAAAAUUUUUUUAAGAUUAAAUUUUUUUUUAAUUUUCGGGUGUAAUAUUGCUACUGUCAAGACGAACGUUAAGAUGUCGUAAGGAUAUUGGCGAUUGUCAUAUUGAUAAAUAUUGGUAUUUUUUAAAUAAUUUUUGGAUGUUGUCUGGCGCAGAGUUUGUGUUUGAAACAGAGUAUUCGAUUCGUCUCGUUGACAAAACGAUUGAGGCUCGAAUGACUGGCUCGAAAUAAUCAGAGUGGUCAAAACCCAUAGAUUGAACCAAGUUGAUUUUUGGAGUCGAAAUAAAUCGAGGAAUGUUACUGUUCUGCUGGGCUUAACGAGACGAUUUGAGUGUUUCUUCGAUUAGAAACUCUGCGUCUGUUUAUGAACAAGUUUUUGAAAUAUUUUUUAAAGGGACAAUUUGAUUUUACAAUUUCUUCAUAAAGUUCUUGAAUUGGAAAGCGAAAUGUGGAGGCUAAGUAAGUCGAAGGAGUAGUGUAUUGAGUGUUGGGCAGUUUUUUAGCUCCGGGCUCGGACCUUUUUCAAAAUUCUUGGCUGCUCCCAGGGUUUUUUCUUUUGGCUCUGAAGCUAUCUUCCGGACCUGUUUCGAACUUUAGAGGGUUUUUUUUCUUUUUUUUUCGUUUUCCGAUUUUCUAAGAUCAUUUCGUUUUCGAAGCAGUCCUGUGUUCCGGAUCCAUCCCCAACACUUGUGAUGAUAAGGGGAGAAUACUUGUGUAAAUAAUUUUUUCUUCUUUAGGUACUUUGGGUGGUGCUGUCUCUGCAAUGGGAUUUUUCAGCGAAAAAUUUGUCAAGGCAGCCUUGCGUGUCUCUUUACGUCAAUUAAAAAUUGCUCAAAUUUUGGGUGAUCCACUUUCUAUUGCCCGUUGUUAUCUUUACAUUUCACUUGGAUUGGCACAAGAUGGGCAUUUUAAAAAGGCUAUAACAACUGUUAGGGGUAUUUGGAAGGAAAAUAUUAUUUCUCUUCAUUCUGAAUUUCUCAAAAAUUGUACUUUGGGAGUUUGGAUGACCAUAAAAUGGAUAAAAACGAGAGAAAAAAACAUUUUAAGUUAAGUUAAACUUUUUGUAAUUUUUACAAAUACUUGAAAUAAAGGAAUUUUUUAUAUUGAUAGUUUUCCUGGGGUGUAUUAACUUAGGAGUCGAUUUUUUCGGGGACAGAUUAUUUUUUGAGAAGGGGAUAUGUUUUUCGGAGAUAAAAGAGCGUUGGUUGGAGG